UUGCCAUUUAAAUCGACGCCUAAUUGUUCCAUAAAAUCUGAUUCCUCUAGUGAAAUCGAAGCCCCAUAAGCACACUCGCGCCGCCAUAAACCCUAAUUCCUCCGCCACUCCUCGCCAAAUGGCCAAACAGAUCUACUAUAGCACGAGCUUCCCCGGCGGCGUUGGAGGCGGUUAUUCCUUACACGGCACCGAGCCCUACCUGCCUGUCGCCAUCGGUUCCUCCUUUUAUUCCACUGAUGGAACCUCCAUUACGGGCGAACAAGCUUCAUACAUCUACGCGACUCAGAGCAAUGGUUUAAGAGCUCCAGGCACGGAAAUACCCGGCGUCGCUAUCUACUCAGCUGGAAAUAUUGGCGCGGGUUUGAAUGCUGUGUCAUUGCGUGGGGCGGACGGGUUGGGCGUCACCACGACGGUGAACGCUGGGUCGAAGAGGUCCGCUGAAGCUCUCUACAAUCAGAGUAUUAUGGCAAAUGGCACUAUUGCGCCAAGUGAUGCUUUAUUAUCUGCAUACUCUUUGGCCAAACGCCCUAAACUCGUAAGUGCAAGCCACCUGCCUAUGUAUCCCCAGCGCCCUGGAGAGAAGGAUUGUGUUCACUAUAUGUUGACAAGAACAUGUAAAUUUGGAGAGGCCUGCAAGUUUGAUCAUCCAGUUUGGGUUCCUGAAGGUGGAAUCCCAGACUGGAAAGAGUCGCAGGUUCCACUUAUUUCUACAACUGAAUCCUUUCCAGAGAGAACAGGAGAACCUGAUUGUCCUUACUUUUUGAAAACCCAAACGUGCAAAUAUGGCUUGAAAUGUAAGUUUAACCAUCCUAAGGUGAAAUCAAGCACUUCAGUGACUGUAGCAGAGAGUGAAGCUAUUCCUAUCAGUUCAAUACUACCAGAAAGGCCAUCAGAAACUGUUUGUUCGUUUUAUGCAAAGACCGGAACAUGUAAGUUUGGUGCAAAUUGCAAAUUUCAUCAUCCAAAGGACAUUCAAAUACAGUCAGCUGGAAAAUACACUGGAUAUGUUGAAAAGAAGGAAUCAACAGCAAACAAUGCUGCUGCAGCUACCGUAGAUAUAAAGCACACUAAGGCAUUCGUCCCAUUCUCACCUGCUACGUUGAGUAAUUCUAAGGGCCUACCUAUUCGACCGGGUGAGUCAGAUUGCCCUUUCUACCUAAAAACUGGCAGCUGCAAAUAUGGUGCUACUUGUCGAUAUAGUCACCCAGAUAGGAUCUUUAUCAAUCCUACACAAACUGCUAAUUUAAGCAAUGCAUUUAUAACUCCAGCCAUUGCUAGUUUACCUAUUGGAGUCAUAAAUCCAGCUGCUAGCUUUGUCCCAAGUAUAGACCCUCGUUUUGCUCAGCUCGGAGUUACUGUAUAUCCUCAAAAGCCUGGUGAAGCUGAAUGUGAUUAUUACAUGAGGACUGGCCAUUGCAAGUUUGGAGAGAGAUGUAAGUUCCAUCAUCCCUUAGAUAGAUCAGCAUCAACUGUAGCUAGUGCAAAGCCAACUCAAGAAAGUGUCAAGCUUACCCUUGCUGGGCUUCCUAGAAGAGAGGGUUCGGUUGCAUGCCCCUUCUAUAUGAAGACAGGCACUUGCAAGUAUGGUGCGGCAUGCCGAUUUGAUCAUCCGCCGCCUGGGGAAGCUAUAGCCAUGGCUCAGCUAAGCCAUGGGAUAGCGGAAGCAGACAAUUCCUCGUCUGGUGAUGAAGUGGAAAGCGACGAAGAAGUGGAAAGCGCCAACGAAGUGGAAAGUGGCGGCGAAGAGGAAGGUGAUGAUACUGAGACUUCUCAGUGAUAUGGGUUGGCUGCUCUCUUUCCAGACGCCCAGUUUUCUCACCAUUAGUUAUAUAAUACAGCUGGUUUGUUUUAAGAUAUCGUUCGUGUUCACAAUUUGGUAAUGAACUGUCGAUUGUGUUUUCUAUUGGAUUGAUAUCCUUAGCUUUGCUCUUUAAUUCCAUUUCCAGGAAAUUUGCCACUGCAAUUCCUUUGUGCAGAAGCAUCUUGUCCCUUUCCUUGCAUAAGAUGUCAAAAUGAAAAAGUUCUUGCAGAUGAAAAAAAAUAGAUCAGAAUUUGUUUUCUUUA